AUGGCGGCGCGCCCACUCUUCCUGGUGCCGAUGGCGCCGCUCCUCGUCCUCGUCCUUCUCUCCCGCGUCCCGCUGGCAGCCCCGGCCAGCUUCCUCGAGCCCCUCGAAGACCUCUUCCCCAAGUCGGGCACCGCCAACGCCACCACCACCUCCGCCCCCGCCCCGCCCGCCAACGCCUCCUCCAGCUCUCAGCAGCAGCAGCAGGAGAAGGCGCUGGACGACGCGGCCAGGGAGUGGGGGCGGGCCAACGGGGUGGUGUCCCCGACCAACUUCACGGGGUCGUACAAGGGCAUGGCCCGGGACUUCGUCAACGCCCACAACGUGGUGCGGGCGCGCUACGGCGUGCCGCCCCUGACGUGGGACAAGAAGGUGGCGCGGCACGCGCGGCGCUGGGCCACCGCCAUCCGCCGGAACUGCAAGCUCCAGCACUCGGGCAACAAGUACGGCGAGAGCAUCUUCCUGAGCCAAAAAACCUGGAACGCCACCGCCAAGGAUGCCGUCGCCUUCUGGUGCACCGAGGAGGCCAUCUACGACAAGGUCACCGGCAACUGCACUGGCGGCAAACCCUUCGCCGACUGCGGCCACUUCGCGAUCCUCGUGUCCAAGGGGUACCAGAGGGUCGGCUGCGCCCGCGUCGAGUGCGUCCAUGGCGGCGUCUUCGUAUCCUGCAACUACGCCGCCUAAAACCUCGAGAGGAAAGGCCGCCCUCCCUUCCCUUGCGUGGCUGGCCCUGUACGUAGCUAAGCAAGCGCUAAGGAAAGCUGCAACUUUGCAAGCUAAUCGGAGCUGCAGGUGCAACCGCUUUGCCUCCGACGACGCCAAGGACGAGGAACCUCCUUCCUCCGUUUCUGUUAGUUUUUUUCCCCUUGCAAUUUUGGGCCCAAUCAAGCACAGCAGAUUGAUUGGUUGUAUCCACGCCGUGUACAGUCACGUACUUGAGUUCAGUUCCGUCGAGUCGCUCGCCUCCCC